GCAAACUGGGGCUACAAAUGUUAUACAGCCAAUGGAUAAUCCAGAGGGGAGCAUGGAUGGUAUUGCAAUCCCACCUUGCGUGGCUCCAGCUCUUCAAAGCCCAAGCAAACCCGGGCCCUCAAGAUCUGGUUCAAAGAUUGAUACAGCACAUAUGCAUGCAAACUCGAUACCAGGACGUGUACGGUCUCCGUUGUCCAACACAAAGGCUCCAAGACCUCCUACUUCUCGUUCGAACCUUGCGCCUCCCGGAGAAACGGUUGGAAGUACUUCGCGGCAGCGGACGGUUGCUCCUACUCCGUCGAGUCCAGGUCCGUCUCGACAAAGUGGAAGGCCUACUAUGCAUGCAAGCAAAUCAGAAGGCUUCACUCAAUUUAAGCAUCAACUCGGAACCUCCGUGUCAGACGUCAGUGAUCAGGUAGCUGGCUUACGAAGUCGCAUCCAAAUACUUAAGGACGACGUCAGGGAGUUUGCCCCUCAUCUAUAUCAAAGGGCUUUCGAAAAUGCGGAUAUUCGGGCUGGAAGUUACCCGCAAGACAACCAACAACCUCUGGGAAAUGGAAAUAAGAUGGACAGAAAAGGGAAGGGAGUAGUACGUUCCCCAUCGUCGCCAAUGAACGGGGUAAUGCCGAAGUCAGACUACGAAGCUAUUUCGACUAUGACAGAGGAUGAGGCAAAGGCCACACUUACGAACAUUUGUCGGACAUUACACAUCAAACCCUCAGGUCUCAAAUAUUCGCCUUCUCGACACCAAGACCACGCUACUCCCGUCCCCCCUUCAAGUUUAUCCGACAUUACAAGGGCUUUACGAUUAGUAUCCGAACUAGACGAACUAGUUUGGAGGAACGCAAACGACCAGACUGUAUACAAUAUCUACGCCGAAGACAAUAUCCAGGCCAUUUUGGAUAGAGUGCGUCUCUGGGAGCGCACUGCUCGGUCGCGGGUCGGCCGUAGUUCUGAUUUAUGAUCUUCCGAUUUCUGCCUCUCGGCUUUUAUUUAGAAUCUCACGAUUAUUAU